UGAAGUUGGCUCAUGACAAUCAUCGAUCAUAAGAGCUCGCAGCAACCAGCAUCGGAGGAGCUGAUGCAUGCUUCACAUGAGACAGCCGACGGUGCGCGAGGUCUGCUCUGACAAGGACAUGGAUGAGAUGAGAUCUGAAUGAAUUUGAACAUAACUGGGGACAGAACUCACACGUCUAGCUUAUUUGCAGCUAUAUUGGAAGUGUACUGCAACCAACGAAAUUUAAGGAACUAAAGGAACCGUAUGAAGUUAUGGAUUGUAGUGGGAUUAUAUAAAUAGCCUGUUAUCUUUUUGAUUUUUUUUUAAACGUGGGUUCACCCCAGAGUGAUUUACUACUACUUGUUGAUUUAGCCUACUAUUUAAUAGAGUAUUUUUUUUAAUAACCCAUCACAAUGUUCCAGCACAAUAAGAAGUGCUUCACCAUUGAAUCUCUCGUUGGUAAAGACUCCAAUUCCUCAAGUGCUGCCUCAGACGAGCCCAUCAGACCCACUGCUCUGAGGUUCACUGAAUCCAUCCAUCCUUCUCCCUUUGGGAGCUGCUUCCAGAACUCAGGCAGGACACUGUACAGCAGCAGCAGCCCGGAGAUGAUGUUCACAGACCCGGCCACUCACUCCAGCAACCCCGGCCUGUCUCUGCGGCACCUCCAGAUCCCCACACAGCCCUUCUUCAGUCCUCACCAGAGGGACACCUUGAACUUCUACCCGUGGGUGCUGAGGAACAGAUAUCUGGGACAUCGAUUCCAAGGUGACGACAGUAGCCCGGAAAAUCUGCUGCUACACGGGCCUUUCUCUCGCAAGCCCAAGCGCAUCCGCACGGCCUUCUCUCCCUCGCAGCUGCUCCGGCUGGAACGUGCCUUUGAGAAGAACCAUUAUGUGGUUGGAGCCGAGCGGAAGCAGUUAGCCAAUGGGCUGUGCCUGACAGAGACACAGGUAAGCAGGCAGAGGCUGAAAGUCUGGUUUCAGAACAGAAGGACCAAACACAAGAGACAGAAGCUGGAGGAAGAGUCGCCGGACUCGCAGCAGAAGAGGAAAGGUACUCAGCAUGUGAGCCGCUGGAGGGUGGCCACUCAGCAGGGCAGCCCUGAGGACAUUGACGUCAUUUCAGAAGACUGAUAUCAUAAACCUGCGUUAUCCUGGGUAAUAAACAUCAGUCAUGCUGAUGGAUCCCUUCCGCAAAAAAACAAGACAUUCUUCAGACUUUGUCAUGAAUUGAACUUGGCUUGUAAACUAAGGAACUGAGUCACAGUCGGCUGCUGCUGACUUCUGAUCAUGCACAAGAGAAUAAAGGACGAUGACAGCAGCCGAACUACUCAGAAAGACUGUAAGACUUCUGUAUGCAAUACACAUGGACCUCUUCAUUUCGGAUCACAUUCCAUCUCAGAGCACUGAAGAUUUUAGUUUUUUUUUUUUUGUUGUUGUUGUAAGGUUUCACUUCUUUCUUGCUCCUUUAUUAUCAGUCAGAACAUUUCCAUCAUAAAGUGGUAAAUUGGAUGGCAAAGGUAAUAAAACCACCUUAAUGAAUAGAUUGAUAAAUGUUUUGUAGUGUUAAAUUGCUUUAGAAAUUCCACGGCCAGAGUCUAACAACAACAGGUCGAUCCAGUCUGAGAAUUAAAUAUCACUAAUAGAUGUCCUUCUAAACAAUGUUGUGAUACUUUACAACUGGAUGUUUGUAUUUGAUAAAGUGUCAUUAUUUUACAAACUAGGCAAAUUCAAACAUUCAGAUAUCGAGUCUUUCUAGGAAACCACUAGUGCAGUUUCACAUUCGAAAUGUUUCUAUUUAUUCCUUUUCUAUGCAUUUGAGCUCCAAACCCAAAAUUAUUAUUUUGUGUUUUACAUCUGGGUUAAAGCUUUCGGAAGAUUUUCCAUGUAUUGUGUGAUAAUUACUUUUCCGUUUUUUAUUGUUUGUUACCACAUUGGCUCUUGAUCUGAUGUCAAAUAUCAGUAAAGCUUAGAAAAUGCUUGAAUUUCUUUCUUCACUCAAUUAAAAAAAAAAAAAACAUCUAUCAGUCUAACCUCCAAGACCCAGAAUGGUUUGUAGCACUUCAUAGCAGAUUUCUUUAAGGUUAAAAGCACUGUAAUCCCAUCUGUUUGUCUUCAUUGUUCAGCCAAUUUUUGUUAAGUGUUUGUUUAACUUUUUUUCUGCAGACUGUUAGAUAAUAAAAUUCUAACUU